CCCUGUUUGCCUGAUCGUACUGCACAGCUCGUCUUUUUCUAUAAAUAUUCUAAAGUAUGAUCCUGUGCGCAUAGUAUCCACCUAUUUACAUGUAGAAGGUGCAGGGAAAGCGGAACUAGUGUUUUUUUGUAGACCCGGGAACCAAAGAUCAAAUUAUCCAAGGCUUUCCCGCUCUCUUCUUCUGCACAGCAACGACACAAUUUACUCCAUUUCCUUUCCUUUCUAAAAUAUCAAUCGUAAAAUCAUUGAGAGAAUCAGACAUGUCGAGCACGCAUGAGAUAAUCAACUACAACAAUUUCGAAAAUCACAAGAUACCCCACAUUAUGCAGCAUUCUGACUGGGAUUGCGGGCUCGCAUGCAUAGCCAUGACAUUGAAAGGACUGGGGAUCGAAUCCAGCGUAGAACAGCUGACGGAGGAGAUAAAACUGACGAGCAUAUGGACGAUCGACCUUGCAUUUCUCCUGCGCAAGUACGAGCCGGACUUUACUUUUUACACAAGUGUGUUUGGGACUCGGAAAGAGUACAAGGGCGUGAAAUUCUAUGAGGCAACGUUCGAUCAGGAUGAAAAGCGGGUCAACAAGUUGUUUGCCAGUGCAAAGAGCUGUUCUGUGCAUAUUGUGCGCAUGAAAUUACCGAUAGAAGAUUACAAGCGAUUUCUGUUUAACCGACAGUUUGCAGUCAUUGCAUUAGUCAAUGCACGGUUACUGCAUUGUCAACGAUGUGAGGCUAGGAAGGGAUGCAUGGCGUCCGUGUGCGGUCAGUUCUUUUACAAAAUGUCCAAUGACGACUAUAUCGGACACUACAUUGUCCUGAUAGGAUACGAUCCAACCGAAGAUCUGUUCGUAUACAGAGAUCCGGCCAACAUGGAUGAUUACUGCACCAUAGCAGCAGAUGAUUUUGAUCAAGCGCGCCAAGCCGAAGGCACCGAUCACGAUUGUAUCAUUGUCAAACUGUGAUCUGCUAUGUAUUAUUCGUUGUCUUAUUAUACUGGUUGAUGAUACCCUUUUCUCUCAAAUUCUGAUGCAUCUUGUUGGCGUUUUUGGCGUUGUCUGUGUUGUUUAUGUUUAUGUUUAUGUUGUUGUUGCUGCUGCUGCUGCUGCUGCUGCAAGGAGAACGAGGAAACAGAUGCAGUAACAUUCUUGAUCGGAAGCGUUAGCAGC